CCAUCAUCAUCUCCGUGACUCCGUCUCUUUGCCAACGCAAUCCAUCUACCGCCAGUUGCGCAUAUUCUUCCCGUUGAUUCUUUGUUGUCGACACCCAACGUCGUCAACGUCGUUUAUUUGGUUAUAGUCUUUUCUAAUCUCUCCGCCCCGCGGUCAAACAUAUUCACAAUGGGUCUCUCCCCGCAAAUCACCAACCUGAUCAUCAUCCUUGGUAUGAUGCAGGUCGCCAAGAAGAUUCCCUUCGAGGACCCCAACGUUCUCAACCUCUGCCGCGCUCUUUACGCGCUCAGCAAUGUCAUCAUCCUCUGCAUCCACCUCUACAUCAUGAACACCAUCAACAAGAAGAAGGACCUCACCACCCUCAAGUACGUUGAGCCGGCGCCGAUGGGUUCCACUGAGGAGGGCAAGCUCGUCACCACCACUAUCCACGCCUACGAUCUCGCCCAGUCCAAGCAGCUCCUGCGCUCCCAGAUGAUGGGCGUCUUCAUGAUGGGCGUCAUGCACCUCUACUUCAAGUACACCAACCCCCUCCUCAUCCAGAGCAUCAUCCCCCUCAAGGGCGCCUUCGAGUCCAACCUUGCCAAGAUCCACAUCUUUGGCCAGCCCGCCAGCGGCGACCUCAAGCGUCCCUUCAAGCAGUCUGCUGGUCUGAUGGCCGGUCUCCAGGGCGGCGCUGCUCAGAGCGACAAGAAGGCUGUUGAGGCUGCCGAGCGUGCUGGCCGCGGUGGCGCCAAGGAGGAGUAAAGCGAUUCAAAUCAAUCGCCUUUGGAAAUGCUGCAUGGUGCAGGAAGAAG